AAGCUGCUGCCAGGCCCCUAAUCUGCCAUGGGCCCCUAUAUACCCGCCCUUCACACUGCUGCUGCUGCCAGGCCCCUAAUCUGCCAUGGGCCCCUAUAUACCGCCUCCUCAUGCUGCUGCCAAGUCUAGAGUCUCUCAUGGGUCCCUGUACGGCCUCCCAUUGCUGCUGUCUCCAUCGCCACACACUCUCUGCCAUGUGCCACUUUCAGGUCUCUUCACACUGCUGGUGUGUUUAAUUUUUUGACAUAGGGUGCAGGCAGAUUACGGGCCUCACAUAGCUGCUGCCAGGCCCCUAAUCUGCCAUGGGCCCCUAUAUACCGCCUCCUCAUGCUGCUG